AUGGCUGCCGUGACAGGAGAUGGUAUUGAGGUUGACGAAGACAUGGAGCUCGAACACACAGAUCAAGUUGAUGAUCUAAAAAGUCGGGCAAUAAAGAAAAAAGGACGUGGUUUUGGUGAUGAAACUCAUGCUGAUGUCACGGAAUAUGAAGGUUUGGAGAGUACAGGUGGUGCAAACAAUCCCAAUGCUCCCCAGAGAUCGGUAGAAGGGUGGAUAGUAUUUGUGACAAAUGUUCAUGAAGAAGCCCAUGAGGAUGAUGUAUAUGAACGCUUCAGCGAGUAUGGUGAAAUUAAAAAUAUGAAUUUGAAUAUUGACCGACGAACGGGCUUCCUAAAGGGAUAUGCAUUGGUGGAGUAUGAAACGCAGAAAGAAGCUCUUGCUGCAAUUGAAGGUUUAAAUGGUGCAGAACUGCUUGGACAAACAAUAAACGUUAGUUGGUGCUUUGUUCGAGGCAGCGCGCAGAAGAAGAGGCGAAGAUAA